AUGUGCGAGCGAGUCGGCCGGGCGCUGCAAAAACGGCCCGUCGCAGCGGAGAGGCCGCCUGCGGGCGCCCACGCCGCUUCCCACGAGGGCGCCGGGCUACCUGCUGGCGGCGCCGCGCCGCCCUGGACAGCCCUCGCGCGCGUCACAUUCCUGGCCGCAGCUCGUCCGUCAGCGUGGCCGCUGCCACGCAAUUACCUGAUAAACUCCGCGCAUCGCCCCGGUGUCACGUUGCCCGCAGCUCGUUACGUCGCCUCCCUCGCGCGCCCCCGGGCCCGCCCCACCACUGAUUCGCUGCUCGGCAGGAAAUCCUCCGCUUGCCAGCCCUCCAGCAGCGGCGGUCCAGCCAGCCAGCCAGCCAGACAGUCCUCCAGCAGCAGCAGCGGACCGGACGAGCAGCAGCGGUCCAGCCAUGCAGUAAGAGUCCAGCCGUGCAGCAGCAGCAGCGGACCCGGCCAGCAGCAGCGGUACAGCUGGCAGAAGAGGUCCAACAGUGCACGGCGGUCCAGCCAUCCACAUAGCCAGCCAGCCAGCCAGCAAGCCAGCCAUCCAGCAGCAGCAGCAGAAGCAGCAGCAGUCCCGGCCAGAAGCAGCGGUCAGCCGGCAGCAGCCGGCUUGCCCUCCCACAGGGGCGGUCCAGCCAGCCAGCCAACCAGCCAGCCAGCCCUCCAGUGGCAGCAGCAGCAGACCUGGCCAGCAGCAGCGGUCCAGCCGUGCAGUAACAGUUCAGCCGUGCAGCAGCAGCAGCAGCUGCAGAGGUCCCGGACAGCAGCAGGGGUCCAGCCGUGCAGUAAUGGUCCAGCCGUGCAGCAGCAGCAGCAGCAGCAGCAGCGGUCCAGACAGCAGCAGGGGUCCAGCCAGCCGCAGCCAGCCAGCCUCCAGCAGCGGUGGUCAAGCCAACCAGCCAGCCCUCCAGCCGUGCAGCAGCAGCAAAAGUCUAGAUGGCAGAAGCAAGCCAGCCCUCCAGCAUCGGCGGUCAAGCCAGCCAGCCAGCAAGCCAGCAAGCAAGCCAAACAGCCAGCCAGCCAGCAUUCCAGCAGCGGUGGUCCAGCCAGCCAGCCAGCCAGCCCUCCAGCCAGCCUUCCAGCAGCAGCAGCAGCACAAGCAGCGGUCACAGACGGCAGCAGCACUCCAGCCAUGCUCAGCGGUGCAGUCGGCAGCAGCCUGCCAGCCCUCCAGCAGCAGCGGUCCAGCCAGCGAGCCACCCAUCCAGCCAUCCCUCCAGCAGCAGCAGCAGCAGUGGACCUGGCCAGCAGCAGCGGUCCAGCAAGCAGCAGCCAGCCAGCCAGCCAGCCAGCCCUCCAGCAGCAGCAGCAGCAGUCCCGGCCAGCAGCAGCAGUCCAGCCGGCAGCAGCCAGCCAGGCCUCCAGCAGCGGCGGUCCAGCUAGCAAGCCAGCCAGCCAGCCAGCCAGCCAGUCAGCCAGCCAGCCAGCCAGCCAGCCAGCCCUCCAGCAACCGCAGCAGCAGCGGUCCCAGAUAGCAGCAGCGGCCCAGCCGGCAGCAGCCAGCCAGCCCUCCGGCAGCGAUGGUCAGCCAGUCGGCCAGCCAGCCACCCAGCCAGCCAGCCAGUCAGCCCUCCAGCAGCUGCAGCAGCAGCGGUCCCGACCAGCAGCAGUGGUCCAGCCAUGCAGUAACGGUCCAGCUGUGCAGCAGCAACAGCAGCAGCAGCAGCAGCAGCAGCAGCAAUCCCAGCCACAGCAACAGCAGCAGCAGAAGCAGCAGUCCCAGAAAGUAGCAGCGGUCCAGCCAGCAGCAGCCAGCCAUAUUCCAGCAGCGGCGGUCCAGCCAGCCAGCCAGCCAGUCCUGCAGCAGCAGCAGCGGUCCCAGCCAGCAGCAACGGUCCAGCCAGCAGCAGUCAACCAGCCCUCCAGAAGCGGCAGUCAAGCCAGCCAGCCAGCCAGCCAGCCACAGCAGCAGCUGCUGCAGUGGUCCCGGCCAGAAGCAGCGGUCCAGCCGUGCAGUAACAGUCCAGUCAUGCAGCAGCAGCAGCAACAGCAGUGCUCCCGGCCAGUAGCAACGGUAAGGCCGGCUGCAGCGAGCCAGUCAGCCCUCCAGCACCAGCAGCAGCAGCAGUCACUGCCAGCAGCAGCUGUCCAGCAGGCAGCAGACAGCCAGCACUUUAGCAGCGGUGGUCCAGCCAUCCAGCCAGCCAGCCUGCCGACCAGCCAGCCCUCCAGCAGCAGCAGGAACAGCAGCAGCAGUGGUCCCGGCCAGUAG